AUGGCGUCACCUAUAAUAGCAGGCGUCAAGCGGUCGUUCACGGCCAUGACGGACACAGACGACAGACAGCAACUCGCUCGACAUAUCGCUUUCACCCCGCCGAAACGCCCUUUCCAGACGGAACCACCAUUGCGAGAGAGCCUGCGACAACCCAGCGCAUCGAGGUCCACGAGCAAUACGCCCCCAUCGCGAGAGAGCCUGCGACCACUCAGCACAUCGAGCUCCACGAGCGGUACGCCCCCAUCGAGACCCUCGCACGGCAACGCGUUCGAUCCCGAUGCCUCGAUCGUACUGGUCGGGAUACGGGGCUCUGGAAAGUCGACCCUGGCCAUCAUCGCAUCGACUGCCAUGAAGAGACGGAUCGUCGAUCUGGAAAAGAGUUUCCAGGAGGCCACAGGUCUCGCUACCGUGGCAUACAAGAAGACACAUGGUGCAUUCGAGUAUCAGCGGCGCCAGUAUGGUGUCCUGGAGGCCGUCUUGACAAGUCACCAGAGGGACUGCGUUAUUGUCUCGUCGUGGAUAGAGCGUGGCGCACAUGCCCUGCUGGAGAACUUUGCCGCCUCCCACCCGGUCAUACACAUCACCAGGGACUUGGAGGCUAUCCAGGAAUACCUCAAGGUCGCCGACGAAACCAAGAUUCGAGAGCUGUUGGGGUACACAGCCACAGCAUUUCGCGCGGUCACCAACUUUGAGUUCUUCAAUGUCUCAGAGAAGCCCGCGAAGCUGGACAGUCCGGUCGAAAGCUCGUCGGGCGCUUUGGACCAUGCCAGCGAGCAGAAAUCUUCCGGACCAUACCUGACCUUGAAGCGGGCCGAGAGGCACUUUCUCAAGUUCCUCUCGCUCGUCAUGCCGAAAGGUACAAUCCCAUUCAUCGAGUCGGCAUUCCCGCUUGCGUCAAUUCCGACAGAAAGUCGCGACUUCACAUAUGCCGUAUCGGUACCGCUUUCGCGACUGCUGGAGGACAAGUGGAACAUCGAGGAUCUGGAGACCGGCGCCGACGCCAUUGAGAUUGUCAUCGAUGAUGCCUUCAGCAGCACCCAUACGACAACGUCGAGGAGUGCUCGAAUGAGUUCGAUAAGUUGGGCUGUCGGAUUUAUCAGAAGAAAUGUCGUGAUUCCCAUAGUCUAUCAUGUGCCGUGGCCUUCUCCUCGUGACACGGAACCAGAUCGGCGCUCUGAAUAUCUCGAGUACGUCCAGCACGGCUUGAGCCUUUGUCCAGAGUAUAUAACGGUGGAUCUGCGACUGGAGGACCGAAUCCUCUCCCAUGUCAUAGACUUCAAAAGAACGACCAAGGUUAUAGGCACGGUGCAUCUGGGACCCUCACCACCGCCGCCACGGUGGUCUGACCCCAUAUGGAUGUCCUACUGUCGCAAGGCCCAGUCACUCUCGUGCGACCUUGUCAGGCUGACUCGUCCAGCAACAUCAGUGGAAGAUAACUUUGAGAUCAACACACUCCGGGCCUCGGUCGACAAACUGUGCCAGCAACAACAAACUAUGCCCCUAAUCGCCUUCAAUACGGGAUUUCGAGGCAGGAAUUCUGCUUGCUUCAACAAAGUAUUGACAUCGGUACUGCCAGAGUCCUUUAUUGGAGCUUUUCCCGAAGAAGAUGCAGUAUCAUCUUAUGUGGCGCCGUCUAUCACUGCUCUCCAGGCUACGUCGGCCUUGCAAGCCUCGUUCAUCACAGAUGCGUUGAAGCUGUAUGUGUUUGGCGCAAACGUCGGUCACAGCAUGUCGCCUGCCAUGCAUAAUACGGCGAUCCGUUCGCUCGGGCUGGACCAUUUCUACACGCCACACUCGACCAACUCGCUGGGCAGCAUUCGCGACUUGAUCCACGACCCCUUCUUCGCCGGUGCCUCGAUUGGUCUGCCCUUCAAAGUGGAAGUCAUAUCUCUGACGCAUUCUCUCUCCAGCCACGCCAAGGCGAUCGGAGCUGUCAACACACUCAUCCCUCUGCGGCACUUGAAUCCCGACGGGAGCAUACCUGACAACGCGCUGCUGUUCAAUACCCGGAAUCGAGCCGGGCCGGUCCUCGCCCUGUAUGGGGAGAACACGGACUGGAUCGGAAUACGAGCAUGCAUACGUAGAGGCCUCAGUCCGGCAAACGGGGUGCGUUCUAGUACAACCGGCCUCGUCCUAGGUGCUGGAGGCAUGGGCCGGGCAGCCGUGUAUGCCAUGCUCCAGCUAGGCGUCAAGAACGUUGUCAUCUACAACCGGACGCCAUCCAACGCGGAAAAGCUGGUGUCCCACUUCACCACACUAUUGGCGCGUCAUGACAUACCACUGCUAAGCAGGAGUGACGAAGAGAAAACUAGAUUCUACGUAUUGAGCUCGCGAGACGAUGCAUGGCCCGAGACGUUCCGACUUCCGACCAUGAUAGUGUCCUGCAUUCCAGCGCACUGCAUCGGAGAGAGUCCAGCGCCGAACUUCACUCUUCCCAAGCACUGGAUGAUGAGUCCGACGGGAGGUGUCGUCGUGGACUUUUCGUACAAGGAUAUCGACACGCCGUUGAUGGUGCAAACGAAGGCGGAAGCACAUCGCGGAUGGGUAGCGAUGGACGGACUGGACUUACUACCAGAGCAAGGGUUUGCCCAGUUCGAGCUGUUCACGGGCAGACGGGCGCCGCGGCGGUUGAUGCGUGGGGAGGUCUUUAGGUCGUACCCUGCCGGCGCGCAGACAAUCCCAACGCAGCUCCAACCGCGCCUAGAAAACAUUACUGAGCAUGAGCCAUAG